AUGCCGAAUCCGGGACGAAACUGGGUUGGAGCCGCUGGAAUGGAGAGAGUACGGCACCCACGAAUGCACCUGGGCGAGGAACCAGUCUACUGCGCCGCCUACGACGACAACGAAGAAGUCCUUUACCUGGGCGCCGACCAAGAGCUCGAUCAGGCAGCAAGAGUUGCCAAGCGUCUGCGCUAUGAAGAACAAGGCCUGCGAUACCUAAGGGGCCAACCCCUAAGGCUGCUCUCAGCCUCGCUGCAGGGGCCCUUCGACAGAGCCUCAGGCUGGCAUAACCCUUGGCUGCCGAAGGCACCAAAGGCAACAGACACCGCUGCGGCUCUUCCGCUACCAUUCACCAAGACUAUACCCCCGAUCGACCCGAUAAUGCGGCAAGAGCUGGCAGAGCCUGUGGCGCAGGAACAUGAUACCCCAGCAACUAGGGAUUCUCUGCGGUGUCAUCUUCCCAGCCCAGACAGCCAGCGCGAGCUCGAACUUGCAGUCGGCAAUCCAUUGGACGUAGAGAAACGAUCACGCAUACGAGAAUGGGCCACCAAUGUGGCGCCUGGCUUCCAACGGGAUGCGUUCUGGGUUCCUGAGGAUCGGGGGACUGACCCGUCUGAAGAAGACUUGCCAGCAAAGAGGCCGGCCGGGGAGCAAUGGCUGAGAAGAAAGCUGAACAAGCGAAGGAAGACCGACAUGGCGGCGUCGUUCCCAUCGGGCUCAACUCCGACACCAGCUCCCAUGUUCAGACAGGUGACGAAGCCUGUAUCGGUCCAUGCGAGAGACAAGCUACGUGCCAGCUCAGCAGGCAUCCACCGCAGCUUUGCCGAUACCACACCGUCUUCGGAUUCUGAUCGCAGAGCCACUGGUCUGCUGGAAAAGCGAACUUCGAGUGCUAGGAUCGGAGAAAACAUGCCAUCACAAACUGGGACUUUAUCCAAGGGUAAGGUCGCUGUCAAAGCGAGCGCCUUUGGCCGAAGCACCGGCAAGAAACACGUUGCGGCUCCUGCUUCCUUGGCCUCCACUGAAGAUUCCGAGCAACAAGGUGCUACUCCAGGUCAGGCAAACUCACAGUCUGCCCCUGUUGCGGUCCCGCUGGCAUUGGACAGGAACGUUGAGAAGGCGCCCACUAUAGCGGAAGUUUCAAAGGAACAAAGGCCUGCAAGAUUAGAUAUUGCAAGGGUCCAGGUGUCAGAGCAAGAACUUGCUACGAGUUUCGAGAGCCAAGUAGACCAAAGCUUCCACUAUAAGACUCGCCCGGCUAGGCUUGGAAACUCAACAUCAAAAGCGCCGAGUGACGACAAGACCACCAACACUUCGCAGCUUACCCAGACCGCUACUCCCGAAUCAGAAGACCAUUGUGCUAUGGUUGCAGCGCAACUCGGUCAGACGGCCGAUGCAGUUCAAGACGACACUGACAUCGUGGAUUAUUAUGUCGAUGAUGCACCAGCAAAUCUGCCAUCGAAUCAAUGUGCACAUGGCUGUGAGGAGGACCAAUCUGUCUCAACACGUAGCGAUGAGGUUGAGCAAGAUAAGGAUGAGGAGGUGCGGCAUGAAAGGGACGCUGGAGGAGAACAAGCCAAGCCACAAGAAACUGCCCAACGCCAUGAACCUGACAAUCAUGUUACGACGGAAGCAUCACCCCCAGCUACGGCCGAUCAACUGAUGAUUUCUUUCCCAGAGGAUAUGACUUUGGUGGAGAAGAGCAUGCAAGCGAACCGUCUGGACGCAAAUGCAGGCAUCAAUGGAAAUCCAGUCAAGGAUGCCUGCGAUCUCCAAGACCAAGGUGAGGUAUCGGAUCGUCCCCUGAUCCAGGAUCAGGCUUUCCAAGGGACAGUGUUCGACGAAGGCCCCACCUUGGUUGAGAACUCUAUGGACAUGGACGCAAGCACGCUGUCGCGAAUGGACCAAGUACCUGCGAGGCUGGAGACCCUCAAGUUCCCCUCCCAACCGCCUGAAAGAUUCGAGGCCGUUAAAUAUCCUGUUUUCUUAUCAGAUGGGCACGAAGCCAACAUUAUCCCAACAGAAGUCGAAAGAGAAGAUCUAGCCGAACCCAGCUCGUCUGGUGCUUCACUCGCUGAGAUUGCUGAGCAGGCUUUUUCUCUUGCCGUGUCAAACAGCCAAUCUACAUCUGCUGAGCCGGACGAGGCACAACACCAAGAUGCCCAGGCAGACCAGGAAGAUGAGACGGCCGCCCGCACUGAUAUUACCAACGUGGAUCAUCUUUCAGACACAGAGAAACCAGCAGUCAGGAAACCACUGUUGCUGGUGCGCAAAUCAAAACCUACAAUCAUUGUUGAAGAGCUUUCUGAGGAGGAGUCCGAGGAGAAGCCUCAGACAACUACUAUUCAAGCUGAACGAGCUCCUAGUAAUGACGAGUCUGGAAGUAGGGUUUACAAUUCUCUCGAGCCGCAAAGUCCUUGGGCUCCGGAUCAUCCACCUCGUUGCAAUUAUCGUGCUACUGAAGGAAUUAAAGUCGAACACGUUGAGGAAGAGACAUGGUCGCCAUGCCCACGCCCAAUCAGUGUUGCAGACUCGCCAGGUCUGGGAGUGGAACAACCGGAGCUUCGUUCCUCACAACAGAGUCCUUGGACGAACGAUAUCUCUGAACCCAUGGAGAACGUUGCGGAACUCUCGAGAGCCCUGCAAUCUAUAGAGGCUCCUUCAACUAUCCAACAAUUGUCGUAUCGACGGUCUAGCUCACGUGGCGAUGCGAAUGAGCAGCGAGAGCCAUCCACUCCGUCGCAGCCUGAAGCUCGAGCGCCUACUCCUGAUGCUGACUUGUCCAUCAAAUCUUUUGCAAAGUUUAACACACCGUCGCCAAAGCGCAAGCAUCGCAUUACAAAGCAUUCUCGUUACUCAAGCGGCCGGCUGCCCAGUACACAGUCAUUGGCGGAUGCAACAAAUAUCAAUCCGUGGAGUAGUGUACGAUCUAGUAUACGCUCUAGUGCGCGGUCGAGCCGCAGGAGCCUCCGAGUCUCCUUUGCUCCGCUUCCAGGUGAAGAAACUGAAGAAGUCGCGGAGGGUAUCCAACCUAUCGACAGUCUUGCUGCAACGGCCAGGGUAGCCUCACCGCCUCCACCGCCGUCUGCCUUGGCCGGGGAUGAAGAUGUCGAUGACCAUUUCCAGAGUCACUUCAAUACGAUGAAACGUCGUUUGAGCGAAGCACCUAAGCUUCGUCUUCAGCCUCGCUUGCUGCCAAGCGAGUCGCAGCAGAAGCCUAUGAGCCCUGGAGUCGGUUUGAUGGCGGAAGCUUUCAGAGAAGCAGACCUACGCCAGGCUUUGAGAAGCUCCCCUGAGAUUGCAGUCGACGACGACAUGGAGGACGUGGAAAACGAGGUCGACUUGGCUGCCCAGUCGCCGUGGAGGGGCGAGAGUCAAGGAAUCGACGAUGUUGCGGCCGUGCUGCAGAACCUGGAUGAUUUUCUUAACCCACGCUGGGAUGUCGAGACGGAGGUGGAAAAGGUACGGGCGGCUGAUGGCAUAGAGAAUCAGCCGCACCAGCGUAGCUCAGGGCUAUUUGGAGGUAGCGUCUGGGAUAUAUUUUGA